CACACUUCACCUGGCACUUACACACUCACACACACAUCUUCGUGCAGAGAGCUGAAGCUCAGCUCAGUCCCAGUCCUGUGCCUCUCGAGCGAGGUGCCUGCCGGUGGUCGGACUGUCGCCUGAAGCGAAGAGGCCGAGCCGUCGUUGAUUCAGUUUUAAAGCCCAGUCGCUUUCUCUGAAGCUCCGAUUCGUCAGCCGAGGGAAACGAGGGGGAGAGGAGAAGUGGAAGAAGAAGAAGAGGAGUAGUGAUGGCUAUGACCGACAUUGCAGAGGAUGACCUGGAUGAGCUGAUGCGUGAGGAAGCGGAGGAUGUCUUCUACGAGGACGGUGUGUCGUCCCGCGUCCCGGAGAUCAUGGCGGCCGGCACCCACUCCCCCGGAGGACCCAAUGGUAUAAUCCGGAGUCAGUCCUUCGCCGGCUUCAGCACGCUACAGGAGCGACGCUCUCGCUGUAACUCCUUCAUGGGGAACUCGGCGGUGCAGAAGAAGCCUCAGUCCAAGCCAAAGAAGCCCCACCUGUCAGGACACAAAGGAGGCAGCAGCUCCAGAGAGCCGCAGCCCAAAAGGCUGGAGGAGGUUUACACUGCACUCAAACAAGGCCUAGAUGAGUAUCUUGAAGUCCAUCAAACGGAGCUGGACAAACUCAUGUCGCUGAUGAAGGACAUGAAGAGGAACUCUCGCCUGGGAGUGCUGUACGAUCUUGACAAGCAAAUCAAAACCAUUGAGCGGUACAUGAGACGUCUGGAGUUUCACAUGAGCAAGGUGGACGAGCUGUACGAGGCCUUCUGCAUCCAGAGCCGUCUGAGGGAAGGUGCCAGCCGGAUGAAGCAGGCCUUCUCCUCCUCCCCUUCCACGAAAGGCACCAAGGAGAGCAUCGCAGAGGUCAACCGCCGCUAUAAGGAAUACACUGAGAACAUGGCCACGUUCGAGAGCGAACUGGAGAACCUGCUCGGAGAGUUUCACAUCAAAAUGAAAGGUUUGGCAGGCUUUGCCAGGCUCUGUCCUGGAGACCAGUAUGAGAUCUUCAUGCGGUACGGUCGCCAGCGGUGGAAGUUGAAGGGAAGGAUUGAAGUGAACUCCAGACAGAGCUGGGAUGGAGAUGAGAUGGUCUUCAUGCCUCUCAUCACUGAUCUUAUCAACAUCAAGGUGACGGAGCUGAAGGGCCUGGCCACCCACAUGCUGGUGGGCAGCGUGAUCUGCGAGACCAAGGAGCUGUUUACCGCCAUGCCUCAGGUAGUGGCUGUGGACGUGAACGACCUGGGGACCAUCAAACUCAACCUGGAGGUCACGUGGUACCCCUUCGAUGUCGAGGACCUGACUCUGUCGUCUGGCAACGUGAGCAAAGCCACGGCGCUCCAGAGACGAGUGUCGGUCUACAGCCAGGGCACGCCGGAGACCCCCACCUUCCAGGACACCUCCUUCUUUUCCACUUUACCAGACGAUGUCUUUGAGAACGGCGGCUGCGGCGUGGCCGAGUGCAAACGUCUCUCCUUCACCUUCUCCGACACCUCUGGUUCCACGCCCAGCCCCAGCCCCGCCCCGAGCUCCCACUCCCCGGGCCAGUCCAACCCUGAGAUCACAGUCACUCCUCCGGAGACAGACCUGUCACCUGCACAAAUCCUCCCAACAAGGGAGGACUCUAUCGCAGAGGAGCAUUUAAUGGAGGAAGAGGAGGAGGAGUAUGAAGAGGAUGGGGAGACGGGUAGUAGAGGAAGCAGGGCCACCAGUGCCAGCCUCGCCAGCGAUGAAGCCGAGGUAGCAGAGGACUCUGAGUGGGAGCGCACAGAGUCCCAGAGAAAUUCUAGCUCCAACUGCGGUUCAGCUGUCCUGUCCCUCUGCUCUGACGGCCACCUGUCCACAGUGGCUCCAGAGGAUGUUUUCUUAGACCACGCUGAUGAACUGAAACCUGUGGAACUGGACACAGAGGAGGCGGGCAGCCUGACGAGGCAGCUCGUGAAGAGGCUGACUUCUUCGGAAAUUGUGCCGCCGAGUGGGAGCUCUACGGAGGGCGGAGGAAGCCUGAGCUGGGCAGGAGAGGGAAGCAGGGCUUUCCUGGAGAGCAGCCUGGAGGAGGCCAUCCACAGCCUGCUGCUGAAGCUGGAGUCACUGACUCACCGCUGCCGGGAGCUGCAGGACCUGGAGCAGGAAGUGAUGCGUCUGGAGGACCUGCUCAAGUGUCGCCUCCCGGGUCACAGGAGCCGGUCGUCCAGCCUCAGUCUGACGGUGGAGAGUGCCCUGGAGAGCUUCGACUUCCUCAACACCUCUGACUUCGAUGAUGAGGAUACUGGAGAUGAUAACACCGUUCUCACUAUCCCGCAGAGGUCUCCGCUUUUCGACACAGACGGAGAGAGGAUCGGGGUUCAGCAUCCAGAAGCCAGAGGGCACCUGAGUGAAGCCCUGACAGAGGACACCGGGGUGGGCAACAGCGUGGCAGGAAGCCCCCUCCCUCUCACCACUGGAAACGAGAACCUGGACGUGGCUAUUGUCAUCCACCUGCAGUACUGUAAUCACCUUAUACAGCUGUUGACCAGCGGGGUGGGUGUGUGGCAGCGUCGCAGUCUUCUCUUCAAACUGUCUGCACAGACUGAGCUGCUGGAAGAGCUAGCAGAGAUCAGUGUGGACAGACUGGGCACCAUUACAUCUGCCGCUGAUGUCCUGCCGGGCCUCGCAGAGCGCCCGCAGCUGAUGACUCUGUGGUCAGAGUGCAGCGGGUCUGCUGGACUUUUCCACACCACACUGGACAGAGUGUUCAAACACAUGAACCAGCGCUACACCGCAGUGCUGCAGGAAGGACACCCACACAGCGCCGACACAGUGGUCGGGGUCGUCGUGGGCGAGAUGGUGGACAGGAGCGAUCUGGUGGCGGCUGCGCUCUCCCAGGAUGUCCUGACUGUGUUUCAGUUCCACAGCUACAUCUUACAGCAUGAAGUGCAGGACAUGGAGACACACCUGCUGCACCUGGCCAGAGAGGAUGUGUUUGCAGAGACUCUGUUCAGUGGGGAUUAUUCUCGGUGUCUAGCAGAGCUGGACGAGGUGCCUGUGGCAUCCCUGUGGCCUAAAAGCAGCACCCUGAGGGCCCUGGCCUCCCUGCUCACUGCAGAGGACCCUGAGGUCAACAAGGCGGCAGCCGACUACCUCUCCUCUGGAGCGUCACGCAGCCACUUCCGGACCAGAGCAGUGGAGUGCUACACCCAGGCGCUGUCAGAGGCAGGAGGCCAGAGCCAGAGGGCGGCCUGUUCAGCUCUCAGCUGUCUGCAGGCAGUAGAGAGUAUCAGGGCGGUCGUGGCACUGUGUGAUUCAGCCGAUGAAGAGCUUCGCCACGUCGCCAUAGAAACCCUGCUCACAUUUGGUGAGGAGGGGCGGCUGGCGUACGAGCAGCUGGACACGGUGCCGGGGGAGAUGAUCCGUCUGGGGACGCGGCGAGGAAACGCCGUCACCACUGCCUUCUGAGCCGCCGUGCCACCGACAACAUCACAAACGACAUCUCAGCCCGGACCUCCGAGGACAGCGCUGCCCCUCAGCUUCGCCCCACACUGCACACCUCACAGGGCUGAUAAUGACUGAUCACUUUAUUGAUCUGCUUCAUGGCACAGACUAAAGGAUCUCCACAUUAGAUCAAUGUUUUUACUGAUACUGCCGCCUAAAAGGAACUAGCACCAAACAAACCCUCUUAACCACAAAGACACACAACCUGUACCCCUCCUGCACACACAUACACACUUACACUCCUAGUCCUGAACCACCUCCACCGUCAGAACCCGAACCCUCCCUUCCUCUCCCUGCUUUCUGAGCCAGGCGGACCGGUCACGUUGAGUCUAACUGGAGAAUUUGACUGGACACAAAGCCGCUGAAAGCCGCUCCAAAGACUGUGGAUACUGCAAAUCGAGCAAUGCAUCUUCACAUAGCCUCUGUCAACAAGCUACCCACCACUGCACACAACACCCGUAUCACCUGCUCACUGGUUAAUUAUCAUCUUGAUUGUUACAGAGUCAGUUGUGUCACGCAAUAUACUAACUAUGAUCUUUGUGUAAUCUCUGUUUAUCACAUGUUUUAGUUGGUGGUUUUGCAUUAGAAAUGUUUUCUGGUGCUUUCGGGAAGAUUUGCACUGUUGUACGGCUUGUAAAUAUGGCAUAUUUUACACAGCUGGUGUAAUAUAUGUGCUUGUAUUUAAAAUAUAUUUUUAAGUUCCGUUUUCUAGUACGUUCCAUUUUGAGUUUCAGGGAUUCUUGUAUGGUUGAGAGAUGUGUGUUUUGCGGCACGGAGGACCAUUAAUGAGUUGAGAAUGGCGUCUAAGAGGAAGUUGUGUUGCGGUUUAAAAACUCCAGUCUAACAGCAGUUUACGGCCUCGAACAGAUUUCGACCUCAGCCUUCUACCAGUGGAGGAAAAAGUGAAGGGCAGAGGUGAAGCGGGUCAGCACAGUGCACAAGGUUCACUCACUCAGUUUAAAUCGCAGUUUUCUCAUACUUGCAGUUGAACAAGUGCAAUUUUUCUGUACAUACGUGACUGUUUUUGCACCCAGCUGACAUGAGAGGACAUUUGAUAAAGUCAGCUUUGACCAUUUGAGCCUUGAUAUGGUCGAGUUCCACAAAUACACUCUUUUGUUAAUGUAUUUUUCCUACCAGGUACGAAGCCAGACGAGGGCAAUAAACGUGGUUUAGGAUCGCGAUCGUGCACUUUCUCCAAUAACUGUACAUAGAGGAGGAUCCUUUGGACUGAGUCAAGGUGUAGCCUCAGAUUUGGCUAACUGCACAUCCAUACAGCAUGUGAGCUAAUAGAUUAGAAAUUAAGCUUUUUUUUUCUAUAAGAAGCUGCAGAAUGAAGUGUUCUGUUCGGUAUGUCUUGGGUCUGUUUUACUUCCCUGCAUCUUAGCUGUAAUGUGGGAAAACUGGCCCAAGAUAAGCGCCCAAUUACAACUUUUCUCACUGUAACUGUACUACUGAGUCUUGUGCUAGCGCACAGUGACACAACUCACAUUUGUUCACACAUCUUAUUUAUUAUUUACUCCUUGUAAUUCCAAUAUUCUUUGGAGUUAUACUGUUAUAGUGCAGAUGGCAUCGUUAUGUAAAUGAAUUGUGUAUUUAUGUUCUACUUUGGAGCAGGUCUAGUAUUUGAAAUAUUGUUUAUCGUUUAAAUAGGCCUCCAUGCUAUCACCAUACAAAUGAUCUCAUGCUUAACUUUAAUUGGAGUUUAUUUUGAAUGAAUUAUAUUCGAUAAAUUAUUAUUUUGGAGAAGAUUAAGAUUUGCUAAUAGUCUAAUAGUAUUAUAGAUUUCUUUUCCCUAAAAGGUCCCAGACAUAAUGGGACAUUAUAUAUUAGAAAUGUUACUUUAUUACCUAACAUUUACUGUAACCAAAGGAAAACUUAAUUUUAAAAUGAUCUUUUAAUAAGAGCUCAUAAUUCAUUGAGGAGAAUGUAUUUUCAAAACAUUUACAUUUUGGCCAGAAUACUCAGACUUAUGUUUAGAAGCACAACUUAAAAAUAAGACAAACCCAUAAUAUAUGAAUCUUGUCAUUUGGUUCUAACUGCACAGUCCAAAAGCCAUAUUGAUUAAAAACAAGUGGUAAUAUUUUUAUGAAAUGUAUUUUUUUCUUUUGUAUUAUAAUCUGUAAAUGUGUGAAGUUGCUACUAAAACCUGAAGAUGGUGGGUUUUUUUUUUUUCUAUACAUCCUUUUGCAAAACAUGGUCCAUAUUUUAGGUAACAGUUAUGUUUAUUUCUUCCCUGAUGUGAAUAACAUUACAGUAUUUGGUAAAGUAUCUUAAUUCACCCGCUGAUCCAGUGUUGGAUCAUUUUUGUUUUGUUUUGUUUUUUUGGAGUGAGCUGCUUUCUUUUUACAAACUUGCAGUUGACCAGUGUUAAGUCAAGUUGAUUCAUAGGCUGUUGAAUUCCUAAUCACCACAAACUACGAGUUGUCAAAAAUGUGCACAAUUAUCUAGAGAGUGGUUUUAAGAAUAACUUGGUACACUUAGCUGGAAUUGAUCUUUAUCCAUCUCUGUGGUCAAUAGCUUCCGUACUGAUCCAUUUAGUUGCAUACUACUCUUCUCCAUUGUCAGUAUUUCCUCUGCUCAUCAAAAGUUGCAAUAAAGUUUAUUUUUGCA